CAAGAGAAAAUGCAUUAUGAAUAGCCAUGAAGUCCUAUGCUUCUUAUGGGGCAAUGGUAAUAGUCCAGUUAGCAUAUGGUGGAGCAAAUAUCCUGACGAAAAUUGCCCUUGAAAAGGGACUCAAUCAACUUGUCUUUGUGGUUUACAGGCAUAUAAUUGCCAUGCUUUUGUUAGGUCCCUUUGCUUAUGUACUUGAAAGGAAAAAUAGGCCUCCACUCUCAUUCUCCGUGAUUGCAAAGAUUUUUUUGCUUUCGUCACUUGGGACAACCAUCCAUCUUAAUGUUUACUAUGCUGGUUUAGCAUACACUUCUCCAACAGUUGCAAUUGCCUUAAGUAAUGUUAUCCCUAGUUUGACCUUCCUCAUAGCAGUAAUACUCAGGAUGGAGACAUUGAACAUAGCAAGUAUUAGAGGUCAAGCUAAGGUGCUGGGUACACUGAUUUGCAUUGGUGGGGCACUUACUUUUACCUUCUGGAAAGGAAGAUAUCUUUUCAAAGGCUUUGUGCACAGGCCUCUGAUAAUCAUCUGUAGCACCAACAGUUGUGAGUUGAGCCAUGGCAAGGAUAACUGGAUUAAGGGUGCUGCACUUAUUCUGACAAGUCACAUAGCAUGGAGUGCAUGGCUGAUUCUCCAGGCUGUGGUCUACAAAGUCUACCCAGCUAGAUUAUUGCUGAACACUUUAAUUUGCUUCUUUGCAUCAUUGCAAUCUUUUUUUCUUGCACUGUUUUUUGCAAGAAAUCUAGACUUAUGGAAGCUGGAGUGGAACAUGCAGCUAUUAACCAUCCUCUACUGUGGAGUGGUGAUCUCAGCUUUAGUCUACUACUUGCAAACAUGGUGUAUCAGUAAUAAGGGACCAGUUUUUGCAGCAAUGUUUAGUCCACUACUCUUAAUUAUUGUGGGAAUAUUCUCGGCAAUUGCUUUCGCAGAGAGACUACAAGUGGGCAGCUUGGUAGGAGCGUCUCUCAUCAUUGUAGGCCUUUACUGUGUACUUUGGGCAAAAAGGACAGAAAAUCUUGUCAUUGGGCAGCCAGACGAUGAAAAAGGAUUUGAUGAUGACAAAAUGCAAGAGAUUUCCAUCAAUGAGACUGAGAUGAAUUCUGCCACAAAUGAAACAAAAUGAAAUAUACCUUUAUAGGAAAAUAAACAUAAAUAUAUAGGUGUUUUUCAUUUCCCUUGUAAAACAGAUUAGAUGUUUUACUUUUCAUUUGAUUGUCAAAACAACCAUUCUUAUCAUUUCGUUUGCAAGUAAAGGUUGUAAACCUGCAACAUCACUUUAUGAAGUACUUCAGGAAUUUGCAACAGGAUUGGAACUUUCGUCAUUAGUAAUCCUGGAUGCCACUAGUUCUAUGAACCGAAACAGAAUGAUAUGUACAAAAGAGAGAGAGCACAUUGUUGCUAUUUCAAGUUUAGAAGCAGGGAGUGCAACAUGUGAAGUAAAUUUAUACUCUGAAGGAUAAAGAGGUGCAAAGUGAUUAUAAUCACAGAACAUACAACAUUUCA